GCGCAAACAGCGUAAAAAAAGGCGUAUACAGCAGUGUGGGAUCUUAACAAAGGGAGCUAGAGAGGAUAUACUUGCUCAACGUGAGGCUGAUCAGCAGAUUGCUCGUGAAGAGCGUCAAGGAGGAGAGCAAUUAGGCCGCAGCCGCCAGGCACUCGCGCGCUGCAAGAGAUGCAGAGAGACUGGACACAACUCGCGUACGUGCAAAAAAGAUACUUUAGAUACUGCUUAA